AGGAGCUGGUUCUUGAUAACUGCCGUUCGGACGAUGGGAAGAUCGUUGGGCUCUCUUCAGAUUUCGAGAACCUGGAGUUCCUCAGCAUGAUCAACAUCAACUUGCUGUCCGUCUCCAAUCUCCCCAAACUUAACAAACUCCGGAAGCUGGAGCUGAGUGAUAACAGGAUUUCUGGUGGCCUUGAAGUUCUAGCAGAGAGAACUCCUAACCUGACACACUUGAAUCUAAGCGGCAACAAGAUCAAAGACAUCAAUACCCUGGAGCCCUUGAAAAAGUUGCCAAACCUGCAUAGUCUGGACCUCUUCAACUGUGAGGUGACGAUGCUCAUCAACUACCGGGAGAGCGUGUUCACCCUCCUGCCCCAGCUCACCUACCUAGACGGAUUUGAUGCUGAUGACCAGGAAGCCCCCGACUCAGACCCUGAAGCAGAUGGGGAUGGACUGGAAGAUGAGUAUGAGAAUGGGGAAGAAGGUGAGGAAGAGGAUGAUGAUGAUGAGGAAGAUGAUUUGGAUGAAGAAGUCAUUGAUGAUGAAGAAGACGAAGAUGAUGAUCUGGAAGGUGAAGAAGAGGAGGACGGAGUAGAUGAUGAGGAGGAAGAUGAAGAGGAAGAUGGUGAGGAUGAUGAAGAAGAUGAAGCUGAUGAUGACCUUCCGCGAGGGGAAAAGAGAAAACGAAAUCUAGAGGAUGAAGGAGAGGAAGAUCCAGACGAUGAAGAGGACGAUGAGGAUGACUGAUCCGAGCGAGCCAAUCAGUUUUACAGACUAUGACUGUGCUUGUCUUAACCUCCCCGUUGUGUCUAUGUGAGACUGUAAAUCCCCGUCUCCCACUCCUCCCCCCUUUGUAUGGCUGCAGCGUCCACAAUAUAUUUUUUUAAGAUGUAGAAUACUGUAGGCAUUCAGGGGAAUCUUCCAUACAAGGCUCACUUUCUCACAAGUGUCUCAUGACCAAAGGCUUUCUCCGUUCUGUGGUUUGUGCAGCAGUUUGCAAAAAAAAAAAAAAA